UCAGGCUUAGUACACAUUCUUGAGACAGUGCUAAUGGGCGUCUAGUUGGCAAGCGGGUAGCUCAAUGGGCUGAAAAUCUUGUUUCGACCUAGAGAGUAUUGAACAAGUUCGAAGUACGCUGCUACUAUACUGUAAGCAUUGUGUGUCAGGCUGCAAGAGACCGGAGCAGAUGUAUCAGGCGCACAAGGAACUAUAGGAACUCAAGCUUCGUUCCGCGAUGUUCUUCGAGGCGGCGGUUCUAAGUGUGACUAGCUCAACGCACUCUUGUGCAAGAAGACCAACUUUCCUGCAUGUUAUGAGGUGUCGACCCAAACAUACCUACACCCACAAAGUUGACCUGCUUGUCGCCAACGCAAUCUGUGAUCUUGGUGCUAAAGCGCAAAAGAGCCGGAGAUAUCCGCCAUGUUGCCUUGUGGCAGGAAGCGGAAAAGCCUCUUGAAGUUGGGCAGGUGGGAUCAAAUGCCAUGGCGUUCAAGAGGAAUCCAAUGAGUUCAGAGAGAACCUCUAGGUACCCUUGCCCAAGGGUUUGUGUCUAAGAAAAGAAACACUGCAGGCACACUCGCAGCACGAUGGAUGGAGGGUUCACUAGAUGACAGUGCUAUUCGAAUUGACUUGCCGGAGACGUUCAUUCUCACCGAUGCUAUCAUCGACAGUCUGGACAGUGUCACUGACGGGCAUCGUCAUUUGUCCUCAGGCGAUUGCCACGCGUGUCCAGGAGCAACUGCCUUUCAUGUGCACGGAAAGUAUUGUCAUGAAACUGGUUGCCAAGGGUGUUUCUAGGCAGGAAGCCCAUGAACAAUCUGCGCCUUAUCACACCAGGGUGCCCGUGAGGGUGCCCGUGUCGUCAAUGACCUUCCUCAUAAACAGGAUCAAAGCUGAAGAGUUUUUAAGACGAUCUGGGCUGACCUUGAUACCUAAGGUAGUAUGCUCAAACCUGAGCUUUACAUCGGCUGUAGGGUUGAAAUUGUGGAACACUACUGUGACCCAGAAGGCACAGCAGAGAAAAAGGUCCAGCCAUAUCGGUCGGUAUUCAGAAGUUAUCAACAACGGAGCUCAGGUAAUGUCUCAUAUGAAAUACCGCACUAUAAGAUUAAUAGACACGAUGAAGAAGCUGAAUGCCAACUGACACUAAUAAUACUCACGCUUCUUGAUUCAGCAUUAUGAUCCA